GAUUCAUUAUUGAUUUGGGCUGUUUGAAAUUUCAUAUCAUUGUAAAUGGAAUUAAAUUGUAUUUAAGUUUGUUAAAAUAGACAUUAAAUGUACGUUUGUUUAGAACUUCCUUAAAAUAUUCGUAUAUUUGAUAAGUAAUUCGUGAUUAUGGAAUAACUGCAAACCUAUUAAGUAAUUAAUAUGUUACCACGAACAUAUUUGACCGAGCAAGAUAUAAGAAAACGACAAAUUGACACGCUGAAGAUAUUCAACGACAAUGUUACUGAAAUAAACGAAAAUUCUGAUUAUAAAGUGGAAUUCGAAGCUAACGGACGUAAUUUUUGUCUAAACGUAGUUUUAAGUCCGGAAUUUCCAAAUGAGAGACCAAAUAUAUUCAUAAGUCCUGUAAUACCUCAUCCAUGGCUACUAGAAAAUUCAAACCAAGUAAUGGGAGCUCCGGGUUUAAUGAACUACACUCCACGUUCUGACUUAGGUCGCAUAGUUCAAGCUAUUAUCCGAGAAUUCCAAAGAUCAGUGCCCAUUCUUAGCCAUGAGGAUAAAUCAACGGAUACAAGCCCACAAUCCAGUCACAGUUCACAAUCAUUGAUGUUCCCGGAGUUAAGCGAAUUGACAGUUGAGGAAUUACAAGAGAUUAUGGAUAAUCCAGAUUUACAGGAUAAAUUACUGGAAUCAAAUCCACAAUUAUUAGAACUUGAUUUGGAGACAGAGGAACUUAUGACAAGCAUCGAACUUAUAGCUCAGGAGAAUAUAACGAAGCAACAGGUUUUAGAUGAUCUUAAAACGGAUGUCCUCGACCGGAUAUCGACGAUUGUGCAAAUGAAAAUGAGUUUUGAAGAAUUGAACAGGAAACACCAGAAGUUAUCUGAAAUGUACGAUCCUCACAGGAUCAGAGAUUGCUUGAAGGACGGGGCGUGUAAGGCAGAUGAGGAUGCGGAGAUGAUUGCUGAACAGUUUUUAUUAGGUAACAUUCCAGUCGAGACUUUCAUAUCUAAAUUUGCUGAAAAACGAGCUUUGGGACAAGCGAGGCGAGCGAGAGAUGAGAGAUUGGCUCACCAGCUAGCUCAAUUGGAUAAAGCAACGACAUAAAAUUAGUUUUGCUUAUUAUCAUUCGCUUGCCCAUUAGCAUAUUUAUUUGUGAUCGGCGCAGUGAUUUAGCUGCAUGGAAUGGACUGAAACAGCUGACUGAUUUCUGUGACCGAACACCAAGUUUUGCUGGUAGGUUGGUCUCCGUCACCAUGCUUGCGGUGGAUCAUGCCCACGAUUGAUAAAGGAGAGAGGUGUCUUUAUUUUUUUCUGUGGAAACAAUAUAGAAAAUAAAAUCAGUUUAUAAAUAAUUUUUAUUUAAUAUUCAUGAUUCUUUAACUACCAAUUGUACAUAAACAUAAAAGUUAUACCGUUAUUUUUUCAUUGAUGAUUACAUAAAGGUUGAAUAUGCAAGACUAUAAAUAAUUACAAAUACAGGCGCGCAUGGUCAGUGUAUAGAAUAUCUGAUGUCUGUGACAAUAAAUGAUAAUGGCUACGCUACACUGACUAUUAAUACGCAAGUUUGAUUUAUACAAAUCGAACUAUUUGUAUACCAACUUUGAAUACAAGUUUAUAACUUAGGAGAUAUUAGGAAUAUAAGAAUUGUAGUGAAAACAAUAAUAAUAGUCCAGUAUUGUAAUAAAAAUGAUCACUUCAGUUGAAUAAUAUCAUCCUUUGUCUUCCUAUUUAAAAUUAAAAAAAAAAAAAACAACUAAUGUCUACCAUUAAUAACGUUAAGCAACUUAAAAAAAUAUACAUCGUGAAAAAAACUGUUUGUAUUGAGAAUAUUUAAUUAUAUAAAUAUUAUUCACUAAGCCGCAAAAAUUGCUAUUGUUGGAAUAACCUCCAAACAUUCUUAAGAGGAGAAACUCUUCAGUCCACCAAAUAGUGGGGUAUAUAGCCUAUUCCAUUGGCAGGAGGAAGAAAGAUAAAUAAACUACCCGACCUUGAAUUGACGUGAUAUUAUUGGUCGAAAUGUAGAAUAAUACUCUAUAGUUUUCAUUAUGGUUUGAAAAAUGGCGUUUUGAAUGUCGAUGAAGUUGCUAUCGGAACUUCGGAAGUUAAAUUUAUAAAGUUUAUAUUUCUCUUGUGGUUGGAGCAAGCUAUAAAUGUCAAAAAAAAAUCGUGUUGUUGACGCCGAUGUACGUAAAAGUAACUUCUGAUUAUCUUGUCGGCUCUUUGUUUAGAAUUUACAUUCCAAGGUGUAUCGGCGCGUAUAACUAGUGUUGGUGGGCUUGUAAUUCAUAAAAUUAAGAUUAAUAAGUUGGCAAUAUUGUAUUUGGUCACCAACAUUGUAUUGUAUUGUGUAUAAUUAUUGGUAGCAAUUAAGGGUUAGGUUAGGUUAGAUGUUAUCAUAGAUGUUUUUUUUUCAUAUUUUCACAAUAUUAACACCUCAACCGAAGGUUAUGGGUUCCUAAGCACCAAUGGAUUUUCAUGUGCUUAAUUUGCAUUUAUAAUUCAUCUCGCGUUCGGCGCUGAAAGAAAACAUCGUGAGGAAACCUGCGUUGGGUGAAAAUCUGUCUCAUGAGGGCUCACCAAUGCACAAUGGAGCUUGUGUUGAAAAAUCUUCUCCUCAAAGAGAGGCUUAGAACAGCAGAGGGAUAUUUACAGGCCGUUACAAGGGCAAGUGUAAUACCUUAUCUGUGUUGUUAUUCGAAUGGAAUAAUUUUCUUUGUAAUAUAAAAGCUAUUCGUAAAAUUUAAUUUACACAUUAAUAAAAACAAAAAUGGUGUAAGUGUGAAGGUACUCACGACAAUUGAUGUGCUACCGAGCUCACACACAUUAACGGACUUUCAAUAACAAAUCAUGCGCUGACGUCUAUCGUCUACGCUCGAAGUCUCAGUUAGCCCCCCCCCCCCCUGUACCAAGCGCUAACGAUAAGAUAUUAUCAUACCAAAAAUAUCUAACACGUAAUAUUGUUUUACUUCAUACUGCUUCACAAGACCUAUUUAAUUACGUCUUACCUCAGGCUAGUGUUUACAGUGUACAAAUAUUUAAUAAAUUAUUGAAUAUAAACAAA